UUUCACAAAUUAAUUAAUCACAAUUGUUGCAAAAAUGCAUUUUAUUAUCAGGGCCAAGUUGCUAGCUGGCUUGCACAAACCAUAAUCAUUCACAUUGUCUGUAAUCUCGUAGAGCAAUUGCAACAAAGAUCAGAAUGGCAGUAGCAGCUUAUGCCUCUCUACUUUCUCUUUCCCAUGUCUUGGAGAAUAUCCAGCACCCUGCUCGCCGGACUCGCCUUCAUCUUGACUCCAACCAACUUCAAACCUUGCAGCAAAAAGUUCAGUUCUUGCUGGAAUUUCUUGAAGUUGAUUCUGGGAGAAUAAGCCUAGAAAUGGAAGAUCUGGCAAGACAGAUCGCUAUUCUUGCUGAUGAAGCAGAAGAUGUCAUUGACUUACAUGUCGUAUAUCAACUUGGUGAGGGAUGUCGGGAUGAAAGUCAGGAUAUGGCCGCCCUCUCAUCUUUCUAUCAAGAUAUACACAAAGUAAUCCAAAAGAUUGACUCCAUCAUGAACGAGUUGGGGAUGAUCCAAGAGGACUGCACCCAUGUCUCAAAACAACAACCCGCAGUAUCUGUGCCUGAUAGUUCAUCCACAGCAUUUACUUCCAGUGGCAAGAGUAGUACCAUGGUCGGAUUUGAUGAGCACUUGGUUCGAGUCAUGGACGAGCUCACUAGAAAUGAACCUGAUCUCCAAAUCAUCCCAAUAACUGGGAUGGGAGGUAUUGAUGACGAGAUUAAAGCCUCCGAGCUAAUAAAAUUAUGGGUUGCCGAAGGAUUUUUGAAACCAUCGAGAGCUAAAACCUUGGAAGAGGUUGCAGAGGAAUACUUGAGAAAUCUUAUUGACAGGAAUCUGAUUUUGGUUCAUAAAUGGAAUUAUGGAGGGAAGAAAGCUAAAACAUGCAGGAUUCAUGAUCUUCUAAGGGACCUAUGCUUGAGACAAUCUCAAAAAGAAUGUUUGAUUUGUGUACCAAAAGCGCAACGUAUUGAUUUUUUUGAGCCCCGGUGGGAAAUUUGCCUUUGUUUCCUAUGUAGUUCUCAGCUCGAUGAAGAUCAAAGGAUGGAUCUUCCUGAAGUUCAGGUUACCUCACAGUCGACAUCACUUGCAAGCCUUUCAGUGUGCGACGGCUGUCGGAUUAUGUAUCCGAAUCUGGUUAGAUUGAGAUUAUUGAGGGUGAAAGCCUAUGUGGACGAUAUGGAAUUUCUGCAUCCCACUAAAUUGUGCUACCUUAAGACGGAAUUUGAAUCUCCGUCUACAAUAUCUUUGCUGUGGAACCUACAAACUUUAACUUUGAGUCUUUCCUCCGGAGUACUCCCGUCUGAAAUCUGGGAUAUGCCACAACUUAGGCAUCUAAUUGGAAGUGGAGAUAUUGUUUUACCUCACCCAAUAGUUACCCAGGAUUCAGUGAUCAUGGAGAACCUACAGACGCUUGCUGAUUUUCGAGAUUUUAGGUGUACAAUUGAUGUCCUUGAUAGACUUCCAAAUCUUAAGAAACUGGGAAUUGUUUACAUUAAAAAAGGCAGCGGUUGUCUAGAAAAUCUUGCUUACUUACAGAAACUGGAAUCACUUUUUCUUUUAGAGGAAAAUGUGUCGCUAUUGGCAAACAUCACCUUCCCCACUUCACUCAAGAAAUUGAGUUUGUCAAAUUGCUGUAUUCCUUGGGAGGAGAUGACGAUUUUUGGUUCUGUUUUGCCCAAUCUUGAAAAGCUUACAUUGUACUAUAAUGCAUUCACGGGACCUGAGUGGAGUCCAGUUGAUGGGCAAUUUCCUCGAUUGAAAGUGCUAAUCAUAUGGUACAAUGACCUAGAGCGGUGGAGAGCAGAAAGUAUACACUUCCCCAAUCUUGAGAGACUUCAUCUUUAUAAUAUGUUUUGCUUGGAGGAGAUCCCUUUGGGUAUUGGAGAUAUACCCACGCUCCUCUCAAUUCAUCUCGAGGAUUGCAGCGAUUCUUCCGUCAAUUCGGCAAAGCAAAUAUUGGAGGAACAACAAACUAAUUCCGUCGACAAAGCAGAAGAAAGUUGA